GCAGCUGACUGACAGCAGUGAGUUUGCCAGUCAGUCUCCUUCGUCAUCAUCGUCACUCAGUGGGUCACUGGAUAGAAAUAAAGACUCAUCUUGCCUCACUGGCAGUUUUUCUUUGGAUUUCCUUGUAGCUUGUGAGGUGCCAACACUUUCUCAUCAAAAUGCGUCGGCUGGCGUUACGGAGUGUGUUGCUGCUGUGUUGUGCGGCAGUGUGUGUGUCUGGGAUGAGGAGAGAGUACUUCCUCAGGAUAGAGGAGGUGUCUUGGAAUUACGCCCCGAGUGGGAUGAACAUCAUCCAAAACCACACUCUGCAGGAUGAUGAAGAAGCCUCAGUCUUUUUAAAGAGAGGCCCCCAGCGGAUCGGUUCCACCUACAAGAAGGCUGUUUAUAAGCAGUACUCUGACGCCACCUAUAGGACAGAGGUGGCGAAGUCGGACUGGCUGGGCUACCUGGGGCCUCUGCUGAUGGCCGAGGAGGGGGACACGAUGAUCGUCCACCUGAAGAACACCGCAUCCAGACCUUACAGCAUCCACCCACAUGGAAUGAACUACAGCAAGGGCAACGAAGGAGCCCUGUACCCAGAUGGUACUAGUCCAGAGCUGAAGCGCGAUGACUCAGUGGCUCCUGGAGCAACAGUGACCUAUGAGUGGACCCUCCCUGAAUCCCACAGCCCAACAUCAGAGGACAGAAACUGCAUGACCAGAUUCUACCACUCCCACGUCAGCCCCCCAAAAGACAUCAACACAGGACUGAUAGGCCCCCUCAUCGUCUGUAAGAGAGGAACUCUGGACUUACACGGCGACAGGUCGGGAGACUACCUGUAUGCUCUGCUGUUCAUGGUGUCGGACGAGAACUUCAGCUGGUACCUGGAUGACAACAUCAGGACGUACAUCACGAGUCCCGCCAGAGACCUGAAAGAAGAUGAGGAUUUCAUUGAGAGCAACAAGAUGCACGGUAUAAAUGGUUUGCUGUAUGGUAACCUGCCUGGACUGAGCAUGUGCCAAGGUAACACGAUCCACUGGCACAUGAUUGGAUUAGGAAAUGAGGUGGACAUGCAUUCAGUUCAUUUCCACGGCCAGAUCCUGACCGUCCAGGACCACCAUACAGACACAGUUAGUCUUUUCCCGGCCUCCAGCACCACAGCUCAAAUGGUGGCCGAUAACCCCGGACACUGGCUGCUGACGUGCACCGUCAACGACCAUCUGAUGGCUGGAAUGCAGGCGAUAUUUGAGAUCAAGAAGUGUUUCCCCAACGUCCAUAAGCCCAGACCGCACGGUGAACUCAGACAGUUCUUCAUCGCUGCUGAAGAGGAGGUCUGGGACUAUGCUCCUUCAACACCUACUGAAGGUGAGGCAGAAAUGUUUGUAACCAGAGGUCAAAACCGUAUCGGAAGCCGCUACAAGAAGGUUCGCUAUGUGGAGUACACCGACAACACCUUCACAACAAAGAUGCUACGCAACCCACAGGAGCAGCACCUUGGAAUUCUGGGUCCUGUGCUGCGAGCUGAAGAGAAGGACACUAUCAAGGUGGUGUUUAAGAACAAAGCCAGCCGGCCUUACACUAUACAACCACAUGGUGUUCAAUACAGUGUAGAGCAGGAUGGGACGCUCUAUCACAAUGAAUUGGAAGAGUCUUACACAGCGAAGAAACUGCGGGAGCUAAAGAGGGAACCAAGAGUGGUGACUCCUCCUCCAGCUGCUCUGGUCAGACCUGGGACAGUGCACGCCUAUGAGUGGAUGGUGCCAGUGGGUGCUGGUCCAGUACAGGGGGAGGCUGACUGUCUGACUUAUCUCUAUUACUCUGGAGUGGACCCCGUCAAAGACACCAAUUCCGGACUGGUCGGACCCCUGCUCGUCUGUAGACAGGGAUCACUGAAGAAAGGAGUACAGAAAAACUAUGAUAAAGAGUUCCACCUCAUGGCGACAGUGUUUGACGAGAACCUGAGCUGGUAUCUGGAUGACAACAUCAGGACCUUCACCACUGCUCCCGCUACUGUUAACAAGGAGGACGAGGCCUUCAUGGAGAGCAACAAGAUGCAUGCCAUCAAUGGGUUUGUGUAUAGGAACCUCCCGGGCCUGACCAUGUGUAAGGCGGAAAAAGUAACGUGGCACCUGUCAGGACUGGGGUCAGAGACGGACAUCAACAGCCUUUACUUCCAGGGAAACCGCUUCCUCUAUCGCCAGAACAGACGAGACACCAUCAGUGUCUUCCCUCACAUCUCACACACGGUCACUAUGGAGCCAGACAGCAUGGGUCAGUUUGAGGUGGUGUCUCCUACAGUGAACCAUUAUCGUGGUGGAAUGAGAGCCAACUACACGGUACAGAAGUGCAGCAUCUUCCAGCGUCAGGGUGAGACGAUGCUCCAUUCAAAAACAUACUACAUCGCUGCCAUGGAAACAGACUGGGACUAUUCUCCGAACCGCACCUGGGAGGCCGAGAUGUUCCGUGGUCAGGAAAGUCCUGCUACUGUCUUCUUGGACCAGCAGGGUGGAUUCAUAGGCUCCCGUUACAAGAAGGUGGUCUACCGCCAGUUCACCAACGACAAGUUCACCAAGCAGGUGGAAAGAGCAGCUGAUAUGGAACACCUCGGCAUUAUGGGUCCAAUGAUUCAUGCUGAUGUGGGGGACAAAGUGAAGGUGGUUUUUAAGAACAUGGCAACCAGACCUUAUUCUAUCCACGCCCAUGGAGUCAAGACAGAGACCCCUGACGUCUACCACACCAAACCAGGUGAGACUCACACCUACUAUUGGUACGUUACAAAGAAUACAGGACCGACCACAGAGCAGGAGGAGUGCUCUGUGUCAGCGUACUACUCCACUGUUGAUGUUGUCAAGGACCUGUACAGCGGGCUGAUUGGUCCGUUGGUGAUUUGUCGCCGUAGCUGGGCCAGGAGUUUGGGACUAAAGAAAGAAAUAGAAGAGUUUGCAUUGCUCUUCCUGGUUUUUGAUGAGAACGAAAGCUGGUAUCUGGAUGAAAACAUCAGGACCCACAUCAGGAACCCUCGUGUAAACUUGAAGGAUGACGAAACCUUUAUAGAGAGCAACAAGAUGCACGCCAUUAACGGUUAUGUGUAUGGUAACUUGAAUGGUCUGACCAUGGAGGUGGGUGAUAAGGUGUACUGGUACCUGAUGGGAAUGGGCAAUGAAGUGGACAUACACACUGCACACUGGCAUGGACACAGUGUGGAAUAUAAGCUGAGUGGAGGUCCUCAUCGUACUGAUGUGUAUGAGCUGUUUCCAGCCACCUUCCAGACAGUAAAGAUGCGUCCUGUGUAUCCCGGCACCUGGCUGCUCCACUGUCACGUCACUGAUCACAUUAAAGCUGGCAUGGAGGCGAUGUAUACCGUCACUGAGAAACCAAAGAAGAGUGGAAUCUUUGGCUGAACGGUUGAGGAAAACAAAUCCAAAAUGAAGAAAACAGUAAACAGACCAGUUCAAAGUACAUUGCAGUGGCUAAUUCAAUAAAACUUCUCUUUGUAAAAUCAGCUUAUUAUGAACAUGUGCAUAUGUAAGAUCACCAUCCAAGAGUCAUUUUAUAUUAAAAUGAGCAUUUUUAUGAUAAUUAUCUGAAAAAUUAAAGAAUCAAUAACA